AUGAUCCAUGCGGCAGCUCCCCAUUUUCUGUGGCCGUUUGCGGUCCGGUACGCCGCGCAUCAGCUCAACCUCUGGCCCUGUGUCUCCUUGCCGGAGACCUCGCCCACACUGCUGUGGACGGGGAAGGUUGGCGAUGCGUCGCGUUUCCGGGUCUGGGGUGCUCGUCCUGCUCCCUCAGGUGUUUCUCAGGUAGACCCUCCCGUGCCUGCACCUGUUGAGGUCACUGGUGACUCCGGUCCUGCUGGAGGUGGUGCUGUCGGUGGGGGUACUGAGCCUGGGGGUGCGGAGCUUGGGGGUGCUGAGCCUGGGGGUGCGGAGCUUACGCGUGAGGAGACUGAGGGUGCGGGGCCUGGGGGUGCUGAGCUUGGGCGUGAGGAGCCUGGAGGUGCUGCGUCUGGGGGUACUGAGCCUGCGCGUGAGGAGCCUGGAGGUGCGGAGCCUGGGGGUGCUGUGCCUGCGUGUGAGGAGUCUGGAGGUGCGGAGACUGGAGGUGCGGAGCCUGGACGUGCGGAGCCUGGAGGUGCGGAGCCUCCGUGUGAGGGUUCUGGGGGUGCUGAGUCUGGGGGUGUUGAGUCUGGGGGUGCUGAGCCUAGAGGUGCUGGGUCUGAGGGUGCUGAGCCUGCUGGUGUGCGGUCCCCUUGGAGUGGCCGCCUUCGUCCGCGUGUGCCUCUCACCUCCCAGCAGCUGCACGACUGGUACGGUCGCCGUCAGGGUCGCACUACUGGAGCCCGGGGCUCUACUGCUGGAGGUCCUUCUGCUGACGUCUCUGGAGCUAGGGGUGGUACUGGUGCUUUGCCUACUGGAGGUGCUGGAGUUACCUGUCCCGGAGGUGCUCGUACUGGAGGUACUGGAGCUGCUGGGGCUGGGAGUACUGUGUCUGGGGGUGCCGCUGCUGGGGACACUGCGGCUGGAGACCCUGGGACUGGGGGUGCCGGUUCUGGGGGCACUGCUACUGGUGGAGCUGGUCCUGGAGGAGCUGGCGCUGGGGGUGCUGGAGUUUCUGGAGGUGCUGGAGCUACUGGUGCUGCUGGUACUGCACAGCCGCGACUGUUCUUCGCUCCGCCGUCUCCGUCGUCUCAGCCGCCCCCUGACUCUGUGCUUCGCCAGGUUCUUAGUCUUUCGUCUUCUACUGGUCUUCCGUUACUGCCUGGCUCGCCGCUGCCUGCUCCCUCUCCUUACCCUGAGCAGUCAGGGGGCCUUACUGAGCGUCGUGAGCCUGCGUCGCGUCCUGUCUCGCCUGUUCGUCCUAGUAGUUCCACUCGUCGUGUUCCGCGUCCGCCGCCUGUCCCCACCGCACACCUUGUCGUCCGUCGUCCUUCCUCUGUUCCACAGUCUGUUACUCUGCCGUCUCCUCCCGCGUCUUCUUUGCCUCAUGUUCCGGACCCUGAGUCUGACCGGUUUCGUGCUGAGCACCCUACUGUUACGCGUCUGCUCGCCACUGUUGUCACUGACCCCUCGUUUGAGUCUGCUGCUGCGUCUGCUUUGGUUGCCGAGCUUGUUGACUUUGCGACUGCCUGUCGUCUCGACUACGCUUCUAGCCUUGUUGCUGAGUCUGAGUCUGUCUGUCCUCCAUCCGUCGGGGGUGAGUGUGCUCUUAGCACGGACGUCCUUGAGGACAGGCACGAGGACCUUGAGUGUCUUGCAGCCGCUGCGCCUCAUCUCGUGGCCAUGCUGCUUGCCCCUGAGGGAGACCCGGAUGCUAUAGACAUCCCCACACCGCGCUCUUACGCUGAGGCGAUCGCGGGUGAGUACUCCUCUCAGUGGCAGGCAGCCAUGGACGCAGAGAUGGCAUCCUGGAAGUCCACAGGCACUUACGUCGAUGAGGUUCCCCCUCCCGUGGCGAAAAUCGUCGAUGGCAUGUGGAUUUUCAGGGUGAAGCGGCCGCCAGGUUCUCCGCCUGUCUUCAAGGCUCGUUACGUUGCUCGAGGCUUCAGUCAGCGAGAGGGAGUUGACUUCUUUCAGACCUUCUCCCCCACCCCGAAGAUGACUACUCUUCGGGUGCUGCUGCACGUUGCCGCCCAGCGUGACUACGAGCUUCACUCUCUUGACUUCAGCACAGCUUUCCUACAGGGCAGCCUGCACGAGGAGAUCUGGCUGCGCCGCCCACCUGGCUUCACUGGGUUGUUCCCUCCUGGUACCCAGUGGAGCCUUCGCCGGCCAGUCUACGGUCUCCGCCAGGCACCCCGUGAGUGGCACGACACACUGAGGACUACACUUGCGGCUCUUGGGUUUGCGCCUUCGACUGCUGACCCGUCACUGUUUCUGCGCACCGACACUUCGCUGCCGCCGUUCUAUAUCCUCGUGUACGUCGACGACUUGGUCUUUGCUACUGCUGACACUGAGGCCCUCGCCCUGGUGAAGUCGGAGCUACAGAAGAGACACACGUGCACAGACCUGGGUGAGCUGCGCAGCUACCUUGGCUUGCAGAUCACCCGGGACCGAGCACGCCGCACCAUCACUCUGACUCAGUCACACAUGGUGCAGCAGGUCCUUCAGCGUUUCGGCUUCACCUGGUCCUCGCCACAGUCCACUCCUCUGGCUACAGGUCACUCGCUCUCAGCUCCACCUUCGGACGAGUCCAUAGAGCCGAGUGGUCCUUACCCAGAGCUAGUGGGCUGCCUCAUGUACCUGAUGACCUGCACUCGUCCUGACCUUGCGUACCCUCUUGGCCUUCUGGCACGCUACGUGGCUCCUGGUCGGCACUGA